AUGUCGUCUUCAUCGUCACCACCAUCGUCAGAACAAGAUAUUUUUGCUGAUGUUCUUCCCAAAUUAGUAGCCACAAUUCGUGCAUCUAGUUCACUUGCCGCUCAAGAUGUCAAUUUCUAUAAAUCUGUUGAUUCCAAUCUAGCUGAAGAUAUCGAUGCUAGUGCCAAACGAUUAAUGAAUAUAUGUAAUGAUUUAAUUAGAGUGACAGAUGAUACACUGGAGACCAAGAUGGAAUUUGGACAAGAAAAUAUAACUAGUGAUGUCUCGUGGAAUCCGAUUGGAAAUGUCCUUGAUUCCAUAUUUGAAAAGAUUGAUUAUGCAUUUGACCAAGCUACCAAAAAGUCAGUAAGCAAGGCUGAGGGCAAGAGUUUAGAGUAUCUCGAUGAUGGAAGUCAGACUACUUCAGGAAACGAACCAGGAAAGAGAACUACAAAACCACAAUUGAAGUUCAAGACACCAAUUGAUAAUUCUGAAUCACACCCAUUUAAACCAAAGUUAAAAAGUAAACCACAUGCUUUAAUAUCAUUUGAAGAAACUUUACAAUUAAAGAAUCCGAAGCCAAAAUAUGAAGAUUCUAUUGAAGUUAUAGAUCCACCAUUUUAUCCACAACCGUAUGAAUAUGAAAUUGACAACCAACCAUAUCCUGACGCAAUUUUGGAAGCUACUAAACCUAUACCUUCUAAGGAUUGGUCAAGUACAACAGCUAUAUGGGUAGAUACCCCUGAAGAGUUAACAAAGAUGAUUGAUAGCUUAAAGGGCCUGACUGAAAUUGCUGUGGAUUUGGAACAUCAUGACUAUAGAACUUAUUAUGGACUUGUGUGUCUUAUGCAAAUCUCUAAUAGAGAACAAGAUUGGAUUGUUGAUACAUUGGCAUUAAGAGACGAAUUAUCAGAAUUGAAUAUAAUAUUUGCUGAUCCACAAAUUGUAAAAGUAUUCCAUGGGGCUUUUAUGGAUAUCAUUUGGUUACAAAGAGAUUUGGGUUUAUAUGUUGUAUCAUUAUUCGACACUUAUUGUGCGUCUAAAGUACUUGGGUUCCCUAAAUUUUCAUUGGCAUAUUUAUUAGAAACAUUUGCUAAUUUUAAAACAUCAAAGAAAUAUCAAUUGGCAGAUUGGAGAAUAAGACCAUUAUCACCUCCAAUGUUAGCAUAUGCCAGAUCGGAUACUCAUUUCUUAUUAAAUAUUUAUGAUCAAUUGAGAAAUAAAUUGAUUGAGAAAGAUAAUGGAAAAUUGCAGGAAGUAUUAUAUGAUUCUAGACAAGUAGCAAAGAGAAGAUUUGAAUAUACGAAAUAUCGUCCGUUAACCAAUAAUAUAUCCAACAAAGUAUCAUGUCCAGUUAUGUCCAGUAAUCCAAGAGAACCAUAUAAUAAUCUUAUGUAUCAGUAUAAUGUACCAGCAUUUAAGAAACCAGUUGUCGAAGUUUUAUACAAAUGGAGAGAUUUGAUAGCGAAGCAGGAAGACGAAUCUGUGAGAUAUAUUAUGCCAAAUCAAUUAUUGGUAACAUUAGCUAAUCUAGAUUCACCAGUGGAUACCCAAAAGGUAUUAAAUGUUCCUCAUUAUGUAAGUGAAAGUGUAAGACUUCAUGCCAAGGAACUUGCCGAAUUGAUUGACAAGACUUUAAAGCAUACUGAAGCUAGUGAUUGGGAUUUGGUUGAUAAAUGGAAUAAUCCUUCUGUGAAUACCACCAAUGAUGCAUUGGAUAUUCAUGAUACUAAGGAAUUGUCAAAAGCUACAGAUAUGCUCAGUAAUUUAAUUGAGAUAAAUGGGACUUUACUCAACAAUCAAAUACCUCAAUUAUUAGUAAAUGAAUCCAAGAUGUACUCCAAUAUUUAUACUUCAGAAAAGCCGCAUAUAAUGUUAGAGUUUGAUAUGAAGAAGAAUGCUUUUGUGAAGCACAAUUUUGAAGAAGUAUACCAAGAAAGGUUACAAGCCUUAUGGGACGGAUUAAAAGAACUUGGUGAACAUCUGAAUGUAUUGAUUCCAGAAGAGGAAAUUGAUCAAGUUGAAGAAGAUGUAGAAGUGACAGCUGAGGCUUCACAGCCAGCUCCAACAACCACAACCAAACCAACGUUAUUCCCACAAGACAAAGAAAUUGAUCCAAAUGAACUCAUCACUCUUCGUAAGCGUAGACCACAACCAAAGAAAACUGGACAAGCUGCUCAAGAAGAAGAAGAAGCGCCAAGUGUUGACUAUGCUAAUGCUGAUAAGAUUAUGAUCACUUCCAAAAAUAAGAGAGGUGGUAAGCAAAAUAAAAAUAAGAAGAGAGCAUUUGAUCCAUAUGGGAAGGAAAGUGAGGGACCUAAACCAGCUAAAAGGGCCAAGACUGUUACUACUGGAAAGACUUCAACUUUCAAGAAUAAGAGGAAGUAA